AUGCCAAUUCUAUUUCCAUGUCUAUUGUCUGAACUAAUUGUCAAACAACAUCCUCAUGUUGUGAGGGUUGAUGAACCACAAGGUAAGAGACCUAUGCUUCUCAAGUUUGAUUAUCGCUUGUUUGCUGGGACACAUGUUCCAGACAUUGUGCUAUCUGCAGUAAAAGGUUCUGCCAGUACCAAUGGUACUCAGGCAGUUGGUGCAAGCACAUAUGAUGUUUUGGCUGAAUUGAGGGAUGUCUCCAAAUCCUUAGAUGUCACUAUUCAGGCUUGCAAGAUUAGGAAGCGGAAUGUGGACAAGCUCAUCAAAGCCAUGACACAGGUUCCUGCUGCUGGUGCUGAGGAAGGUAAUAUUGAAGAAUCUACUGAGAAUGUUGAGGAUGACAAUGCUAAUGUUGAGGAAGAAGAGGCUCAGUAUGAAACUGCUAGAGAGGAUGAUGAUGAGUCUGACAGGGAAAAUGAGGAGUCUACUGCAGAAGAGAAGGAGGAUGUAACUGGAUCCACCAGUUCUAGCCCUCGUAGCACCUCUCUUUAG